CGGCAUGUGAGAGAUGAAGACCAACUCAGCGUUGGGUUCGUGCGAAGUUUGAAUGAGGAGGGGUGGGCAGCAAGCGCUGCGGGAGGAUAUGGGAGAUGGGUGAUUUUCUGGUCUCUCGGGGACGAAAAGGCCAACGGAACGGAGUCAACAACGCCAAAAAGGCACGUACUACGUCAGUAUCACAUCACGUAUCCGGUGCUUGACCCUCGCCAGCCUACUCCCGCAUAGUUUGUCCCUAUUGUUAUGUCGGAACUCGCGCGGAUUGAGCUGCGAGCUGCGAGUGGGGGCAACUUGCUCUUUGGGGCGAUGGGGGGCCGCUGGUCUGGAAGAUGCCACGCCCGCCAGGGAUGCCAGACCGGUACAAAGCGAGCACUGCAGAGUAACGCCAGGCCUAAGCCGUUCGCGGUGACGGAGUCCCCGUGGUGCGCCGAGGGGCCCGCAAACAGGCCGCUUUGGGGACUGCGACGUGAGGGCGUACAUCUCAACGACAUGAAUAUGCCGUACUACUCCGCGCCGACGGUGUUUCACUGCGAUGCAUUCAACGCCUUUGGAAUGGGUUGCAAGCAUUCCAUAGGAGGGUCCUACUUUGGAUGGGCUUGGCGAACGCCAGCGGUUCAGCGGUUGAAACAUCAAACGCACGUCGGUACUCUCGCGAGCCCGGGAGCUUGCAGCCAGGGAGAGACCGGCCUGCAGUGCGAAAUACUCGGACUGUUACAAAAAGGAUGCCUGGGGCGGUGCAAGCUGACAGACGAAGAAGGGGCGGCGUUUGAGCAAGAGGUUUUCGUGCGUGGCGGUCUGCUGCUGAUGUGUGGGGAUGGACAAGGGCGCUCGAAAUUUCUCGGCACGAAGGCUCCCAACAGCUGGUCCAAACAUCCGUGCGCGUACUGCAUGGUGAGUCAACGCGACGAUGAUACCGGCGGCGAUCUGGGGAACCCAAGGUUCGACAUCGACAAGCACCGCCGCACAUGGGGCCAGAUAACGGAUGGCUUGUCCGAGUUGGAUGCCCUCGCGGAUGUCCCUCGCGAGCAGGAUCGACGCUCAAGAGACCUGGGACUGGUUCCGCCGGAUGCGUCAGGGCUCCCCCUCCCUCUAUACACCGCCAUGCGCAUUGUUCCGACGGAGAACGUACCCGUCGAGCGACUGCACUUCGAUGCGCUGGGGCAAAGUCAGCUUUGCCAGGUGUUCUUCUUGGAGAUGCUCUCCACUACAGGUCGCCGGCUUGUCUCAGCCAUCAUGGCCCAGAAGCCGUCUUUACUCUACCCACCCGGAACACGGAAGCUGAAGGAUGUCGUGACCAACUACGCUUCUCUGAAUGGCAGCGACAAGUGGACACUGCAAUCGAUCAUUCUUCUCAUAUUCCGGAUGGUUCUCCAGGAUGUUUCGGCAAUGAGGAGAAACAUGAAGACACGGGAGAUCAAGGACCUCGUCACGGAGUGGGGAACGUACGACAAGGUCUUGGAGGCGCUGCGGGAGCUUAUGAAACGGGCGUCUCUCCUGUCGUUCGCCCUCCGCGCGCCAUCUUUCACCGACCCGGAGCUACGGCAACUCGACAAACUCGCGCGUGACGCGUACUAGCUAGAGAGGGCACAAUGGCCC